CCUUUUCUUCAGAUUUUCUGGUGAAACAGAUACGAAGCGAGAGAGAGAAGAGAGAGUUUCCUUUUCAUUUUCGCCUCUGAGAUUCCAUUUGUGAACAUUUACGCCCUUUUCGUGAGCCGAUAUGUGUGGAGGUGCUAUUAUCUCCGAUUUCAUACCGCCGCCGAGAUCCCGACGCGGUGCUAUCGAAUGCAUCUGGUCGGAUCUGAAGAAGAACGCGAAAGCGAAGAGCUCGAAGCAGAACUCGAAGAAGCGGUCCGAUUUCUUCGAUCUGGACGUUGCGUUCGAGGCCGAUUUUCAGGGUUUCAAGGAUGAUUCGUUCAUCGAUUUCGAGGAUGACUUCGAUGCCGAUGAUGUCUUCGCUGACGUGAAGCCCUUUUUCUUCCCCGUUCCUCCGAAUCCCGCCGUCCGCUCCGCCGCCGACUCCGAUGGUUCUGCCCCUGCCAAGAAAGCUCCAGAAUCCAAUGGGCAAGCUGAGAAAUCUGCAAAGAGGAAGAGAAAGAACCAGUAUCGGGGCAUUAGGCAACGACCAUGGGGCAAAUGGGCAGCCGAGAUCCGUGACCCAAGGAAAGGGGUCCGAGUCUGGCUCGGGACUUUCAACACUGCCGAAGAAGCUGCAAGAGCUUAUGAUGCCGAGGCUCGCAGAAUCCGUGGCAAGAAAGCUAAGGUGAAUUUCCCCGAGGAAACCCCUCGUGUCAGCCAGAAGCGUCCUGCUAAGGCCAAUCCCCAGAAGCCAGUGGCUAGACGAAACCCAACCUUGGUUCAGCCAUAUCUGGAUCAGAACAUGAACUCCUUUGACAAUCUGGGACAAGACUGCUUCCAUAACACAGGGCUGGUGGAUCAGAAACCCCAGGUUAACGAUCAUUUCGGGCUGACAAACUCGUUCCAGCAAGAUGUGUUCAGUUCAGACCAGGGCAGCAACACAUUUGACUGUUCUGAAUUCGGGUGGAGCGAUCAAGGACCCAAGACCCCUGAGAUCUCGUCUAUGUUCGUCAAUGACUCAGCUCCAUUAAUGGAGGACACUAAUCCAGCGAAGAAGCAGAAGCCCACUACUCAGGAGGCGAUCCCUGCGUCAAACACUGAUAAGUCACUCUCUGAUGAGUUGGUGGAAAUGAAUUACUUCCAGACACCUUACCUCGACAACAGCACCUGGGACUCCUCUUCACUUGAAGCUUUACUGGGCGGAGGCGCUGCCGGGACUCAGGAAGGGGCAAACCCAAUGGAUCUCUGGACCUUUGACGAGAUCCCUUCAACCCUUGAAGGGGUCUUCUGAUCAGAUCAAAUCUCUCUUUCACCUUCGUCGUGUAAAUAAGGCUGCCUGGUCGGCUGUUGUAACAAGCUGAACCUUUACUGCAUUGCAUUGAGCCAGAGCCGGCAUGGGAGUGAUCUCUGUAGUCAGUUCUCUCCAUGGGGGAUGCUCUGUAUUUUUCUGAUAUAAUGGGGUUGAUGAAGUAAAUAGAGGUACAUGUUUUUAGGUUUCUUCCUUCAGAUUUUACCUUUACAUUUGAUCAUCAAAGUUUUCGAGCCCAAGUCUUUAGUGUACUCAAGAAUGAUAUCUGCUUGUGUGUGUGUUGUUUUAUGUCUCCGAGACUCCGAUGUAACGCAAAGCAUUACCGUGAAUCUUGAACUUUCUUCUUCUCUUCUAACAUUCUGCUUUGUGAAUGAAAUCAUAUGCACGUUCCACAA